CACUCCUCACUUCACCACCACCACCACCACCCUCUCACCACCUUAAUCACUCAAUAUCACUCUCCUUUCAUAAGUUAAAGGAGGAAUAUAUAUAAAAAUAUAUACACGCGCGCGUGUGUGUGUAUACAUAUAUACUGACUAGGUGGUGUUAGCUGCAGCAGCGGCGGCGGUCGGUAAGAAAUGGCGGAUGCGAAUGCGAAGCAGAUAUGCGGCGUGCCGGAGAGGGUCCAGCUGCAUGUGGCCAUGCUGGCCCUCCAGUUCGGCUACGCUGGCUUCCACAUCGUGUCGCGGCUCGCGCUCAACAUGGGGAUCAGCAAGGUCGUGUUCCCGGUCUACCGGAACAUCAUCGCCUUGAUCCUCCUCAUUCCCUUCGCAUAUUUCCUCGAAAAGAAGGACAGGCCCGCCAUCACACUUAACUUCCUCGUUCAAUUCUUCCUGCUUGCGCUCUGCGGUAUAACUGCGAACCAAGGAUUCUACUUACUGGGUUUGGACAACACUUCCCCGACCUUCGCAUCCGCGAUCCAAAACUCCGUCCCCGCCAUCACCUUCCUCAUGGCCGCUGCUCUGAGGAUCGAGAAGGUGCGUCUCGACCGCCGCGAUGGCAUCGCGAAGCUCGUGGGCACGCUGGCCUGCGUCGCGGGCGCGUCGGUGAUAACCCUCUACAAAGGCCCGACCAUAUUCACGCCCUCGCACAACGUAAACAGCAACAACGCCGUCGCCGCCGCCGCUGUCGAAGCGUCGGAAAAGGCGCUCCUGUGGGUGAACGAUCCCAAGGGGAAGAACUGGACGCUGGGGUGCUUGUACCUGAUCGGGCACUGCUUGUCGUGGUCGGGGUGGCUGGUGCUGCAAGCCCCCGUGCUGAAGAAGUACCCGGCGCGGCUCUCCGUCACGUCGUAUACGUGCUUCUUCGGCGUGAUACAGUUUCUGAUCAUUGCGGCGUUCAUCGAGAGAGACGCAGAGGCUUGGAUUUUCCACUCCGGCUCGGAGCUCUUCACUAUCCUCUAUGCGGGUUUCAUUGCGUCUGGAGUGGCGUUCGCAGUCCAGAUAUGGUGCAUCGACCGUGGCGGUCCUGUGUUUGUGGCCGUUUAUCAACCCGUCCAGACUCUCGUCGUCGCCAUCAUGGCCUCUAUCGCUCUCGGAGAGCAAUUCUACCUCGGAGGGAUCAUUGGAGCCAUAUUGAUCAUAAUUGGGCUAUACUUGGUUCUCUGGGGCAAAAGUGAGGAGAGGGCAUUUGCUAUAAAAGAGGCAAUAAUUUUGGCUUCCUCAAACAGUGAAGAUAACAGCCAUAGAGCAAGUGCUGUUUCCUUCAAGGCUUCUUCCCUGAAUCAACCACUACUUCCCUCAUCUACCUCGGAAAGCGUGUGACAAGAACUAUAAUUAAUCCCUCUCUUGGAGAUCUAUGUAUGGGCUCAUGUUUAUGUUUACGCAAUAUUUAAUGUUGUGAAGAAGCAAGUUAAGAAUGGGGUUGUAGUGUGUGAGAGCAUAGACUUAGAUUUGUUUACUCAAAAGUUAACUACUACUACUAGGGUUUACUCACUGCAGUUGAUGGGUUGGUGCACAGUGAGUGCUAGAAGGAUUGUGUUGGUAGCUACUAGAUCUUUGUUCAAAAGAAGCUAUGAGGUUUGCAUUUGGUUUGUUAUGUUCUUGUCCUUUUCUCUUCCCAUGCUUGUGAGUGGCAAACUUGCAAAAGAGAAUCAAGCAUCUAUUUUGUCCUUUA